AUGGAAAUACCAAACUAUGAUACCAAUGACAAUCCAGAUAAAAAAUAUAAACAGUUAUUUUCUUACAUGCCAGCAGACACAUUUCGGAUGUUAAUCUGUGGAAACAGCGGAAGUGGUAAAACUAAUUUGUUGUACCACAUGUUAAUUAAACCACUGUUGUACUAUGAUGAGAUUUAUCUUUACGCGCGUAACCUAGAACUGGAUAAGUAUCAAAAGUUAAUUCAAAAAAUGAGACAAAUAAGUAUGGAUGCCGGUUAUGAAGUACUUCAUGUCAGUAAUGAUGAAAUAACCCCAGUGACAGAAAUGGAAUAUGAAGACAACCAAAAGGUGGUAGUAUUCGAUGACUACGUAUGUGAUAAAAAUCAAAGACAACUGAUUGAUUAUUUCAUUCAAGGAAGACAUAAGAUCUGCUCUGUAAUUUAUCUAAGUCAGUCUUUUUAUAAAACACCUAAAGAUAUUCGAUUGAAUUGUUCUCAUUAUUGUUUGUAUGAAUUUCCAUCAUCGAGGGAAGCAAACAGAAUAUCAUCUGAGUUAGGAGUUAAUAAAGAAGAUUAUAAAGCAGCAACCAAAAAACCGUAUUCAUUCCUAUACGUUGAUAAACCAAAAAAACAUAUUGCAAAAAACUUUGUCGGGGGGUGCACCCCCCUGAGCUCCCCUGCUAAUAAAAAUGUAAUCAUUAUUAUAAAUGGGUACAUUUAAUGAACAAUCUUUUGAUCAUCCCUUUGCUAAGGGAAUUCAGGGCGCUCCAGGAGUUGGAUUUAGUCUAACCGCAGAUGGUAAUUAUGAUAUGAAUAAAAAAAGACUCACAAAUCUAGGUGCAUUUAAUUCUAAUACUGAUGCUGCUACAAAAAAUAUGUUGAUGAUAAUUCCAAUGGAUCACCCACAACAUCACGAUUGACAGUUGAUUUAAACAUUGAUAUGAAGGAUAGAUACCGUAUUUUAAACCUCAAACAUCCAGUUGACGCAGAUGAACCAGCCACAAAACAAUACGCAGACAGCACAUUUCUUGACAGAGAUGGUUCCCAAACAAGGAUUGGAAAUCUGAGCAUGAAUAACAAUCGCAUAAUUAAACUUGCUACACCCUCAACCAAUGAUGACGCUGCAACUAAGAAAUAUGUAGACGACUCCAAAGUCGAUGGUAGUGUCUUUUUAAAACUAGAUGGAACCAAAAAAAUGACUGGAAAUCUAGAUAUGAACAACAAUCGAAUAUAUCAUCUACCAGCUCCAACUGGUAACCAACAACCAACACCAUUAUCUUUUACUGAAUCAAGAUAUCUCCACGUUGCUGGAACAAAUAAAAUGACUAAUAAUCUAAACAUGGAUAAUAAAGGUAUAAUUCAUUUAAGGCCGCCAACAAAUGACGCAGAUGCUGCAACCAAAAAGUAUGUGAAUGACUCAAUACCUGAUACUAGUUAUCUUAUAAAAAUAGAUGGAAGUGUAACAAUGACUGGUAACCUAAAUCUUUGGAAACAAAAAAAUAGUUGGUCUCGCAACUCCAGUGUCAAUCACAGAUGCUGCAACAAAAAAAAUAUGUUGAUGAUAAAACAGUUGCCCCAGAUUUGA